UGUCGGUUCUCACAGCUGCCGGAGCUUCCGUGUUCCAAUCACCGCGUCUCUUACUAUAUCUGUUGCAACCUCAUUCGCUCCUCCCUGUUCUCUUCUCUCAAAAUAAAGUAACCAAUUUUGAAUUAAAUUAUUAGAUCUCUUGUCAUGUGUUCCCUUGGCUCGCUUUCACCGUAAAGGCGCCAUUACUACUAACAGCACCUCACCUUUCUAAAGAGAACCCACAAAAAAAAAUCAAGGCUUUAUCUCUCUCUCUAUCAACUGAACUAAAAACCUUCUGCUUUCGGAAUCAAAAAUGCUGAAUCUUGGUAGAGCAAGAAUCCAAGGCAGGCAAAACAGAUCCAUGUCUUUUGAAGGAUCAGAUUACGCAGACCAGAAGAAGAACAAUGAUCACACGGGGAAGAAUGUUUUGGUUAUUUCCCUAACAGCAAUGUGCAUUUUAGUGCUCAAGCAAUCUCCAACUUUCGAUACCCCAAGCGUGUUCUCUCAACAUGAGCCUGGAGUUACCCACGUUCUAGUCACUGGUGGUGCAGGAUACAUCGGAUCACACGCAGCUUUACGCCUUCUCAAAGACUCAUACCGUGUAACCAUCGUGGACAAUCUAUCACGUGGCAACCUCGGUGCAGUCAAGAUACUGCAGCAGCUGUUUCCUGAACCUGGAAGGCUUCAGUUCAUUUACGCUGAUCUUGGAGAUGCACAUGCUGUUAACAAAAUAUUCUCAGAGAAUGCAUUUGACGCUGUGAUGCACUUCGCAGCUGUUGCUUAUGUUGGAGAAAGCACACAGUUUCCUCUCAAGUAUUACCACAACAUCACUUCAAACACAUUAGUGGUUUUAGAGACCAUGGCUGCUCAUGGUGUGAAGACUUUGAUAUAUUCGAGCACAUGUGCUACUUAUGGAGAGCCUGAGAAGAUGCCAAUAACAGAGGAAACUCGUCAGGUUCCUAUCAAUCCAUAUGGAAAGGCUAAGAAAAUGGCAGAAGAUAUCAUCUUGGACUUCUCCAAAAACUCCAAUAUGGCUGUUAUGAUCCUUAGAUAUUUCAAUGUGAUUGGGUCUGAUCCUGAGGGAAGACUUGGUGAAGCUCCAAGACCAGAACUCAGAGAGCAUGGAAGGAUCUCUGGUGCUUGCUUUGAUGCUGCACGAGGCAUCAUUCCCGGUCUACAGAUUAAGGGAACAGACUACAAGACCCUUGAUGGGACUUGUGUACGUGACUACAUAGAUGUCACAGACCUUGUUGAUGCUCAUGUUAAAGCUCUUGAAAAGGCGACACCUAGCAGAGUUGGAAUCUUUAAUGUUGGUACCGGGAAAGGUAGCUCGGUGAAGGAGUUUGUGGAAGCCUGCAAGAAGGCCACAGGGGUUGAUAUAAAGGUCGAUUACUUGGAGAGACGGGCAGGAGAUUACGCAGAGGUUUACAGCGAUCCAAGAAAGAUUAGAGAGGAGCUGAACUGGACAGCUAAGCACACAAAUCUUAAAGUGAGUUUGGAGACUGCAUGGAGAUGGCAAAAGCUUCACCGCAAUGGCUAUGAAUCUUCUUCUUUUUCUUCUUACUCCUUGUUCUCUGCUUACUGACCUUUCUCUGUAUUGGUCUGUGGUGAUUGCUCUUCUAGGACUCCUUUCACUGGUCGAUGAUAGCUAGAGAUUAGAGUCUUGGUUCUAGAUGGUAGUGGAGGGAG